AUUUUGUUUAAGGUCAACUCUCUUUUUGCUGGAUUUUGCCUUUUCGCUCAUGAAAGAUGAAGUUCUCUCACAUUCUCUUCUCUCAUCUAACCCCAGAGUGGAGGGCACACUACAUAGACUAUGACGCUUUAAAAGUCUUAGUUUACAAGAUGGUCUCUCAAGAUUGGACCAAGAAAGACGAAGACGAUCUUGAUAAACUCAUUCCUCCAGUUGAUGAAGACAAACAAACCGAGUUUUUUGAUGAGAUACAGCGACAACUGGACGGUGUCAACUCAUUUUAUAGAGUACAUGAGUCUGAAUUGAGUCACCAGCUUCAACACUUAGCGGAACAAGUUGACACUUUCUCUCAAGCUCGUCGUAUCAAAAACUCAAACAGGAAAAGAAAUUCACUAAUCAAGGCUUUCUGUGAAUUUUACUAUCAUCUCUCUCUCCUUCAAAACUUUCAAAAACUGAAUCACACUGGCUUCAGAAAGAUACUUAAGAAACACGACAAACUUGCAAGCUCAGAUCGUGUGGAUGAUCCAGUGACUGAUAGUGAUAUUAAUGUUGAUUCAUGUUCCAGGAGUGAGAGGAGGGAGAGUGAAGGAGGAGGAGGAGGUCAUAGGUCACUGCAGGUUGGGUUUGUAAUACCUGCAGUCAUACCAGAGACUAUACUCCUUAUUAAGACGGGUGGUUAUUGUGAACUGACCAAUGAAAUUGAAGGACCAGAAGUGAAGACUUGA